CGUUCCGUGGUGCGCGGACAGCAAUGCAGCUCUAGGUGACACUUCGCUGCAGUGCGUUUGCUACAGAUUUCAGUGGAGUUUGUGCGAUCGGCUGAGUAGAGUGAUGCCUCACCGUUAACGCGACCGGCCUGAACUCUUGGAGCACAAAGAAGACAUUGUCGCGGUAUAACAGGAGGAGUAAGGACGACACGACUGCAGGGCGGGAUGAGGCGGGGCUGCUGCGUCGCCCUGCUGCUGGUUCUGCUGGCGUUCCAGCCGCAGAGCUGGGCGCGCCGGGGGCGGCUGCGCAGACACCUCGUGUGGCCAGACGCUGGACCAGUGCUGGAGCUGAUCCUCGGCUUGGCCCUGCCGGCCAACGUGCAGGGCCAGGACUACACGGUGGGAGCGACCAUGAAGAUCGACUACGACCUGCCCAGCAACGCGACACAGCUGCUCGGUCAGGCGGCGGAGCGGGCCCUGGGCAGGCUCACGCGGUGGCAGCUGUACGCCACCGCCGAGGCUGCUCUGUCCAGCAUGGGAGUGGACGGACGAGCGUGUGUGCUGCGCGCCAUAUGUGAGGCCGCCGAGACGCCACUCCGCCAGGACUCGCUGCUCGCCGAGCUCAGCCACCUGCUGCUCACACCGUCGACGACGGAUUCGGGCAGCAGUGAGGGGCGGCGCUACCUGGCAGCGGAGCACGCGGGGACGGCUGCCGGGGGUGGGGGUGGAGGUGGAGGCGAAGGCUGCGCCGCUCUGUACAGGGAGUGCGCUGCAAGCCCGCUCCACUACCUCACCGUGCUGACGUCAUCGUAGGCGAGUCUCGUGCGCAAGUGCGAAAGGCAGUCAAGCUGAAGCUGCUGGUGCCUCGACUUACACCGUGCCUCAUACCAGCCUCCAGUGAUACUGUAGCUGUGUAAUUGAGAAAACAGAUGUAAUUAAAACGAACGCAGAGAUA